ACUCUGAUCGUUUGACGGGGAAGUGAAGCUCGGACAGCAGCAGCUCUGCGCUUCUCGUGUACUCUGGCGUCUUCUUCGUUGAUCUCUGAUCGAUCAGAAUACUUCAGAUCUCUGAGGAUGUGGUGCUCGGUCCUGCCCCUGCUGUUCAGUCUGAGUCCUGCGGUUCUGAUCCUGCUGCAGCUUCCUGACUACGCCGACACACAGGAGGACUACAAAUAUGGCCGCCCGGGCUCAGAAAAGAAGUUCUGCACCUGGAAAUGUCUCCUGUUCACCGUGCAGUGGCCCGCAGGGUUCUGUCAGUUCUUGGACCGGGAGUCUCUCUGUCAGAUCCCUCAGAGCAUCAACAACUGGACGAUCCACGGCCUGUGGCCGCUUCAUGUGAUGGACUGCUGUAACUGUUGGCCGAUGUUCCAGUCAGACGUCGAGGAGCUGGAGGCGGAGCUGACCGAACACUGGCCGUCCUUACUGAAGAUAAAAUCCAGCUUCCACUUCUGGAGAGAGGAGUGGCACAAACACGGAGUGUGUGCAGCAUGUGUCGAAGGAAUGAACUCUCCACUCAGAUACUUCCAGAUCUGCCUCAAACUGCAACAACACUUCGACAUCCACAAGUUGUUGGGGGAAGCUGGCAUCACUCCGUCCUGUGAUCGACUCUACAAGGUUUCCGAAGUUCAUCAGGUCCUGGCCCCACAUCUGGGUGACAAACAUGAGAUCCAGUGUGUUACAGAUGACAAGGACAGAGAGGUGUGGUUUCAGGUGAAGAUCCCUCUGUCUCGAAACCUGACCAUCGGCUGCGAUCACCACGGUGACCACACCACCGCUGACAUAGACCUGGCGUCCGGGUCUGGUCCAGGAAGGACGUCCUCAGCUGGACAUCCCUGCCCCGCUCAGAAACCGUUCUACUACCUCCCCAUAGACCACGAGCAUCCACGGCAGCCCUGUGGCUAACGGGAGCUUCGCUAUGAUCGGUCUGCAGGUCGAACUGCACCGCUCAACAAAUAAAGACAAUAAAGAGUGAUUUAUAUUUUAUUUGCUUUGAUUAGUUUAGAAGCUUUUAAAAGGAUUUAACAGGAUGUUUUAUUGUCAACAAAUCUGGUGCAUCUCAUGAGAAGUUGAGGAACACAUCAUGAUUUGUCUUCUUCCAUCCAGCUCUGUAGUGUAUUUACUUGCUGUAACAAAUACUCUUUGGAUCACUAAGGGAAACUAAACAUCUGCUUUUAAAGACAUGUCUUAAUCUGAAGUGUUGAGAGACGAGAAACGCGUUGCAGCAUUAAAUCAGACUGAACCUUUAACUUC